GUGAUUAGCGCUCUAUUAGGUCCGCUACUGAGCACAACUAGAUGCAGCACAGAGAUCAUUGUGUGAGGAGAGAGAGAGGAGACGCAGAGGAAACGCUUCAUCUGCCACAUGGAGCCUCUUUCCUUUCAAACGGUCUGCCUGAAGAAGUUACCCACUGACAGUUUUUUAAUGCCUGUGCCUCUCAUGCACUGGACACGUUGUGCCACUGCCCUUCAUCUCAGAUGAACUGUCAGCCUUAUAAAUAACAAGGGCUAAUUCUUGGAGGAGGCAGUGCACAAUGAAAGAGAAAAAGCUGAGGAAAGCCCCAGAGGAGUGAUUCAUUUGCUUCCUUUCCUCAUCCCUGCUGUGAGGUACAAGCUCUGUCCUUCCUGGUGGAUGAUAUUUGUUAACCUCAGGUGAACUCAGAUAGGCAGUGGGUCAACCUGCUCCAAUGGAGUGUGCUAUGGAGAACAACCAGACAGACAUGAAAGUUUACACCCUCCAGAUUGCCCUGCCACUCACAGUGCUGGUGGCGAUCAUGAUCCUGUUGAUAGUGUUUGGUAAUGUCCUGGUGGUCAUAGCUGUGUUUACAAGCCGGGCCCUGCGGGCUCCCCAGAACUUAUUCUUGGUGUCUCUGGCAUCAGCAGACAUUUUAGUGGCUACCCUUGUGAUGCCUUUCUCCUUGGCCAAUGAGCUCAUGGGAUACUGGUACUUCGGUGGAGUGUGGUGUGAGAUCUAUCUUGCACUUGAUGUUCUCUUCUGCACUGCCUCCAUUGCCCACCUUUGUGCUAUCAGCUUAGACCGCUACUGGUCCAUCACCCAGGCCAUCGAGUACAACCUGAAAAGGACACCGCGUCGCAUCAAAUGCAUCAUCUUCAUUGUGUGGGUUAUUGCAGCAGUUAUAUCCUUCCCACCUCUAAUCACCAUGAAGAAAGACAAGAAUACUGAAAAUGAUUACAACAAUAAUAACAAUUUUACUAAUGUUACUAAACCUUCGUGUAGGAUCAAUGAUGAGAAAUGGUAUGUCAUCUCCUCCUGCAUCGGGUCUUUCUUCCUCCCUUGCAUCAUCAUGGUUCUGGUCUAUAUUCGGAUCUACCAGAUUGCCAAAAAGAGGACGCGAGCACCACCCGGAGACAGAAAGCGAAAGGAUCUGCCAAAGGCUGCCACUGUCGCUGCUUCCAACCAGAAGCAGAACGGCCUGGGGGAUGCUGAGGAUCAUGACAAGCUGAAUGGCGAACAGGCCAUCAAACUGGAGGAGGAAGUGAAACGAGUUGAUGGUGCAGAGGAUGAGAAAGGUGAGGCCAACGGGGUGGACAUUGAGGACUCAUCCUCCUCUGAUCAUCAUAUGAACAAUCCAUGCUCAAUUAAAAAAAAAUCAACCAAGGGGAAACCCAGACUGAGUCAAAUCAAACCAGGGGAAGAUGAUGUCAGAAAGCGCGAGCCGAGCACCAAAGGCAGCCGCUGGAAAGGCCGUCAGAACCGAGAGAAACGCUUCACUUUCGUCCUGGCAGUGGUCAUUGGAGCAUUUGUGAUCUGCUGGUUUCCCUUUUUCUUUACAUACAUGCUGAAGACACUGUGUCUGUCCUGCUGUGUCCCUGAAAAACUGUUCAAGUUUUUCUUCUGGUUCGGCUAUUGCAACAGUGCACUGAACCCCAUCAUUUACACCAUCUUCAACAACGACUUCCGGAGGUCAUUCAAAAAGAUUUUGUGCAGGAGGGACACUAGGAGAUAUGUAUGAUGGACUUAAUCUUGUACAUACAUUCUGUUUUGCCAUCCUGUACAUAAAUUGUAAAAGACAUUGAUCUUUGUGCAUGGAUCACCAGUUUGCGAUCGCUCUAGGUGUUACUGCUUGGAAAAGCUUUGCCAGGAUGAGCUUCCUGUGCACUAGUGGGAAAAGUUUGCCUUUAGAACUUUCUGGCAGAAAAUCUUGUUUUCUUUUAUGCUUGUCUAGGUUUGAGCAACACAAUUAUUUGGUAAGAUUUCAGAAAGAUUGUUGUUUGGGUUAAGAAACAUUCUAUGAAAUACAACAGAAAGAACUGAAGGCUAACUUCUCUCAUGUCUUGCAGCAUCUUUUCGAAACGUCUGCCACCCACAGCCUCGACAUUGACCAAGUUCACACAAAAAAGAGGCUUAAAGUACCGAACACCACAGCGAGAACAUGUUUUAUUGUAACUGCUCUUUGUAUUUUUAUAAAAGAAACAAAUACAGUGAAGUCCAUGAUAUGUAUUGUAUUUUAUGAAAGUGUAUUGUACAAAAUGAUCUGUCUGA